GUUAUUUGGCGGGGAUGCAGCUGCAGGAGUUAAGACUUGUUGUUGUUCUUUUUCGAGGAGUAAUCUAAAUUAUAAUCGGGAUGAAGUAUCUCGUGAGAGGAGUGUUAGAGGAAAGAAAAUGAUUUAGAUCAGAGGAGUCAUGAUACUUUUAGAUUACUUACGCGCACUUCAACUUCUUCUUCAAUGCAUAUCUGCAUCCGCGCCAACGCCAAGUAAUGGAAAGGCAAUCCGACGUCUUCCCUCUAACAGCCGAAAAUCAAGUACUAAAAGGAAUUGCUCACCCCUGAAGCCGCUGGAGUAUCAGAGUGAAAGGAAGGUGGAUGAAGAGACUGGGGAAGAAGUUUACGUUGACAAGUUGUGGAUAGAUUGGAGUACAUUGCGACGACAGCUAUUUGAAGCGGAAAAAGAAGCACGAUGGACUGUACUACAAAAGCAUGGGCUUGUGGAGGUGGAGAAUGAUUCUUCCGCGGUUGCUGGUGACAGUGGUAAAGACGCAACUCCUCCUUCUGGUGCCGAGCAGAACGAAGAGGUUGCAGUGACUUUGACUCCUACAGGGCUAAGCGAAUAUUAUCCCUUUAUCCGAGGUAAGAAGACUCAAUUCGAUAGCGUAUUGGUGCCGCGGGGUACACGAGCAGAG